CGGCAAGUGUUUUUUCUCUCACCGUGGUGACACACUGCUCGUCUGCAGAGAGACAGAGGCAGCGGGGAAGAAGACGGCUGAAAAAAGGAAGACGAGGCCCAGCCCAUCUUUUCAUUGAUCUUGAGCCGAUCAAGGGAACCUACACUGAUGAGGACACACUGAGACAAACCAAGGAUGUAUCCUGGCAUAUCAAACCUGGAUUCUGACUUUCCCUCUCUAUGCAGACUUCUGAUCUGACUGAUCGAUCAGACAACGGGAAACUGAUCCGACACGAGGAAGGCCAAAUUUGAUUUGGAUUACAACCGAUUGCAAAACUGCAUUCAUGUGCGAUUGCUACUGUUUGGAAAUGCCAUGCAAACAAUACUCCAAGAAUAAUCAUCUUGGGAAACUUGGGAUUGGCUUUUGUUCCCCAGUGACAUCAUGAUCUCUAACUGGGAUAUCCCUCUGGCUCGUCUGGCCAAAGCAAGACGACAUGCAAGUGGACAUAUCUUCACCUGGAAACUCCUAGCAUCCAGUGAAAUGGAGUAAAACAACUCUUUCUGCUAUAAUUUCUUCCAAACCUGCUGAUCAAAACAAAAAGGUCAUCGUCCUCAGACUGAACCUGGACCCUCUGAGGGGCACCUCAAUGCAGUGUUAGCACUUCAGCGUCAGGACUGGACGCCUGCUUUCAGCCACCUGAGGACUGAGGUGUGGACAGAGUGCCUGGAAGCAAGAGAGAGAGGUGGUCGGCGGGCUAAGUCAGCUCCAAUGGGGGCCGGUUGUGACCCGGUCUGACUCCGGUUUGACCUUGUAGUGACCUUGACCUCUCCGGUCCUGGCUCUCCACCUGCUCUGCUGCCUGGGUUCAGGAACGCUCCGCCCUGGGGCCCAGAACGAGCCAAUCAGGAUGAAGAAGAGCCGCAGCGUGCUGUCUGUGACUGGAGAAGAGGGUAAUGACACAGAUAUAACCGGUUCUGGGGAGAAGGCGGAGUCAUCCCGCUACAGCAGAUCUUACACGUCUGGGGCCACACUGGGGGCCGAGCUACGCAGAGGGAGGAGCAGGAGACUGUCAUCAAGUCUCCAGGUGCCCUGCUGGCUCCGCCCUCGAGAUCGAACUCGUUCCCCGGAGAUCCUGAACAAUGUGUCGCGUCCAACAACUCUACCCCUCCGCAUCCCACCACGCAUCUCCAUAACACAAGCAGAUUCUGACAGUUACGAAGCAGAAAAUGGCGUGUCACCAGGUCACACACCACUCGGAUCUCAGAGUCCAGGCCUCACCCUGCACACCUCCUUUCCCCAGGGCCAGAGGAGAGAGUCCUUCCUUUACCGCUCUGACUCAGACUAUGACAUGUCGCCAAAGACGGUCUCACGUAACUCCUCCCUCGCCAGUGAAGGGCACACAGGAGAGGAUUUCAUCGUCACACCUUUUGCUCAAGUUCUGGCCAGUCUGCGAUCAGUACGGAGCAACUUCACCAUUCUUGCCAAUGUCUCCACACCAACAGUCAAGAGGUCUCCUCUGGGUGGGGUGUGCGUCAGUCCCAGGGCAUCACUAACAGACCAGCAGUACCAGCAGCUUGCCCUGGACACACUGGAGGAGCUGGACUGGUGUUUGGACCAGCUGGAGACCAUUCAGACACAUCGCUCUGUCAGUGAGAUGGCCUCCAACAAAUUUAAAAGGAUGCUGAACCGGGAGCUGUCCCACCUGUCAGAGAUGAGUCGCUCUGGGAACCAGGUGUCUGAGUACAUCUCCAGCACCUUCAUGGACAAGCAGAACGAGGUGGAAAUCCCGUCUCCAACCCUCAAAGACAAACCUAUGAGUCACAUCAGCGGAGUGAGGAAACUGUCCCACAGCUCCAGCCUCUCCAGCACUUCCAUGCCUCGCUUCGGAGUCAAUACGGACCACGAGGAAGAGCUUGCCAAGGAACUCGAGGAUCUUGACAAGUGGAGUUUCAACAUAUUCAGAGUAGCCGAUUUCUCCAACAACAGACCUCUCAGCUGCAUCAUGUAUGCCAUCUUCCAGGAACGAGAGCUGUUGAAGACAUUUAGAAUCCCAGUCGACACCUUUGUCACCUAUGUGAUGACCCUGGAGGACCAUUACCAUGGAAACGUAGCGUACCACAACAGCCUCCAUGCUGCAGAUGUCACUCAGUCCACACACGUCCUCCUCUCUACUCCUGCUCUGGAUGCCGUCUUCACAGACCUGGAGAUCCUCGCUGCUCUAUUUGCUGCAGCUAUCCAUGAUGUCGACCAUCCAGGAGUUUCAAAUCAGUUCCUCAUCAACACAAACUCAGAGCUGGCUCUCAUGUAUAACGACGAGUCGGUUCUGGAGAACCAUCACCUCGCCGUGGGCUUCAAACUUCUGCACCAAGAGAACUGUGACAUCUUCCAAAACCUCACCAAGAGGCAGCGCCAGAGCCUUCGUAAACUCGUCAUCGAUAUGGUGUUGGCCACUGACAUGUCCAAACACAUGACCCUGCUGGCCGACCUGAAGACGAUGGUAGAGACCAAGAAGGUGACCAGCUCAGGUGUGCUGCUCCUGGACCACUACACAGAGAGGAUACAGGUGCUGAGAAACAUGGUGCACUGUGCCGACCUGAGUAACCCCACAAAGACGCUGCCAUUGUACCGACAGUGGACGGAGAGGAUCAUGGAGGAGUUCUUUAGACAGGGCGACAAAGAGCGAGAGAGAGGGAUGGAGAUCAGCGCCAUGUGUGACAAACACACAGCGUCUGUGGAGAAGAGUCAGGUGGGUUUUAUUGACUACAUCGUCCACCCGCUGUGGGAGACGUGGGCCGAUCUUGUGCACCCAGACGCCCAGGAGCUCCUGGACACCCUGGAGGAGAACAGGGAGUGGUAUCUGAACACCAUGCCCCAGUCCCCCUCUCCUCCCCCAGACAGACACCUGCAGCACGACCGCUUCCAGUUCGAGCUCACCCUGGAGGACCUCGAACACAACAACCACAACCACAUACACCUGAGGAGCAGUGGCGGGAGGAGCGGGAGGAAAGCCAUCUGUGAUGACGGCGCCGAGGAGCCAGUGAAGGACGACAAAGAGGAGCUGACAGAGGAGGAACAGAACCACGUAGAGACUGAGAAAGAAGACGAGGAGAACCAUAACAGCGAACAGAAUGGGGUCGAAGAUGAAGAGGAGGAGGAGACGAGUAAAAGAGAGGAAGAGGAGGAGGAGGAGAAAGGAGAGGAAGUAAAUGAUGAGACUAAAGAGGAGGAGGAAGAAGGGGAAAAGGGAGAAGAUGCUGAAAAGGAGGAGGAAGGAGAAGACUGUGAGUUUGAUUCCCGGGUGAAUCGUGCCAAAUCGUCCCAUGACCAGCACUGA